AUGCUAGAUGUUACAUUGAAUUUGUGGUAUUCCUUCGAGCUUAAGACCACUCACAACGCUGGUCUUCCAUACAAGAUGUACGGUGGCAACGAAGGUUCUUUAACGGAGAAAAGAAAGCAGCGGCGUAUCAGGACCACUUUCACAUCCGCACAGUUAAAGGAGUUAGAGCGGGCGUUCCAGGAGACGCAUUACCCAGAUAUCUACACGAGGGAAGAAAUUGCAAUGAAGAUUGACCUCACGGAAGCGAGGGUACAGCAUAGUAACGUCGAUAAAAGUGAAAAUACUAGAGAUGCCUGUAGUGGUAUUGACUUUUUAUAUUCUUAA